GCCUUUUGAGAACGUAUGAAUUACAACUCCGCGAAACAGAUUUUUCUGGGCCCGGGUCAGGCACACAGUUGCGACUGACGACGACGUUAUUCAAUCUGCUGUGCAAGAUCUAUUACGGAUCACCAUGGGCACAGCUUCCGCCAUCUUCACUCUUGGGCUGCUGUGGAUGAUCCUUGUUAGCAAAACUAGGGUCUCUUGUGUCCAUGCUCAAUCAGCUAUUCCGUCGAACAGUGACUCGCCACAAUACAGUAUUCCUGCAUCGUGGGCCAUCGCUGGUAACGGUGUGGAUAUUUUCAGAGCCACCAAUGCUUGUACGAUGCUGACGUCUCCUGCUGUGGGGGCGGUAUAUCAAACAACGAGUAGUCUGGCGUUUCGGUGGCUUUAUGAUAAAGCUGCCAUUGACGCCUUUCUGGAAAUAAACAGCGGUGUUACUUUCAGCUUAUCGCUUUCUUGGAUUGAUAAUGCGGCCAACGAAACCCACGUCAUUGCGUCAAAUAUUGAUCCAGGCAGCGGCGUGUAUCUUUGGGAUGUACCGACCAAUAUGACCUUUAAUAAGCGCAUUUAUGCCGUACUGACAUCCGAAUGGAUCGGAUUAUCGGAAGAACAGCAAACUACUUUGGCCACCGAUGCCGUGUUGUUUUCUGAGCUGUAUGGUUUGAGUUGCUACAGCCGGGAUCAAAUUGCCGGGCCAUUUACUAUACUUCCCGAGCUCAGUCGGUUCUUCUUUAUGACGGGACCAGACCCAGGGAUUUGUCACAGCCAAGAUAUGACCAUGAAUACCGCUGGGCGAGGGUUUGGCUAUUUAGAGAAUGUGCCCAUGGGACGUUUAUUUUUCAACGUGCCUAUUCCGAUUACGUGGUAUUCCGCGAUACCGACGAUUUCCAGUGUGGACCUAUAUCUUGUGCCUACUGAUUCAGAGAGUGAAGCUGAUUGGAUUACUGUCGCCAAAAAUCUGAGCGCAGUAAGUGCACGCUUCUAUUACGGUGUGCCUGACAAUCUGGACAUCUCCACCACACAGCAGUAUCGGAUCAUGCUUUAUGCAUUUUCAUCGAGCAAGCAGGGUCCCCCGCAUUUGGUGUCUUGGGCAGCCGAUGGUCCUUACACUAUUACUCACCUUUAUCGCCCUGCAUAGCCCACUUGUAUUCAUUGCGAGGUCGUUAUCCCAACUCUUAGUCUACCAUAUAUUUUUUUAUAUCGUUGGACUUGGCGAAUUCCCAUAAGCUAUUAUACCCUUUAUUUUCUCUAUUUCAUAAAAUCCUAACUUUUUACUC